AUGUGGCUCACGCUGCCAGUGCUCUCUAGAAGAUUCUCAGUCGGAGAUAGUGUUGCUACGUUGUACAGAAUAGCUUGUUGGUUCGCCGGAGAAGAUGAUGUCUCGUCACAAUCGCAGGCGACAACCCUCAGCCAUCUUCCGUGUAGCCCUUCGUCAGCGUUCUUGUUCAGUCCACGUAGCUUCACCCAUCAUGAAUACUUUUCAUGUCUGGCCGCCAAGCUUCCGCCACGAGAUCGUCACCAUGUGCAACCGAGUGGGGUCUUGGAUGAAGUUGUUGGAAAUGUCAAGUAUCCAAAAACCAACCAAGAAAAUGGUUGCGGCAACCGGGAUGGAACAGACCACGUGGUAAAAGUGAGAAAUCUGGUUGGGGCCUCUCCUCCUAUAUCUAAGCAAAGGGGCCCACUGAGCUUGAGUGUGGGUCCAACAGCAAAGAGCCCAACAGCCCAUGGUCAUGUAGGGGGUUUAGAAUCUAUUCCGGAGCAAAAUAAACCUGGUGGUGGCCUGACCAUAUUCUUCCACUCCGGCUUCCCACAUCAAAACCGGGCGUGCCCAGCUGACCGGAAUCCAUUGAAUCGCCUUCAAGAACUCGGAGCACCUGAUAAAAAAGAUACGUAA